UAAAAUAUGUAGGUGCUUUGCCAUCACAAAUUUUUUUAGCUGUUGUAUAUUUUUAGAAUAGAUACCUGUGAUUUGUCAAAAGAUAAUACAGUUGUUAAAGAACUAUUAAAUUACUAGAAGUACGAAUGAAAUAUAAAACUUCGGGAAAGAUUGGGUGCAUGUAUUACGCAAGUCUAUAUCCGUUGAACUGAAUUAGCCCACAGCCGAUGUAUCUUCUAAAUUUAUUCGGUCAUAUAUAUUCAUAAGCCAAACAAGUUUAUUUUAUAACCUCAAUAAUUCCGACCUUUUGCAUUCUUUACUAUCAAUUGUAUGAUUUUUCAAUUAGACAUGUGAAUAAUAGCACCUGGGGAAACUCUAGCCUUAAAGUGGAACUUGUUGUUGCUAUGGUAAUAUGGGAGGCAAACAUAGUCCGGUUGUUUUUGGAAACGUUCGUGCGAGUGAAUCAUCGUUAACGAUGGAAGUCGAAGACAACGUAAAUUUUAGCGUUGAUUACUCAAGCAUUAGCAAAACAAAUGAGAUAACUGUCAAAAUAAUUCUUCUUGGAGAUAGUGCCGUAGGAAAAUCAAAAUUGAUUGAACGAUUUUUAAUGGAUGAUUAUAAGCCACAUCAAUUGUCAACGUAUGCCUUGACCUUAUUUCGCUACAAAACUCAAGUGCAGGAGAAGUCUGUGUCUGUAGAUUUUUGGGAUACCGCCGGACAGGAACGCUUCGAGUCUUUACACCCGUCGUACUAUCACCAGGCAAACUGUGCGGUGUUAAUUUUCGAUUCUGUUAGGAAAGUGACAUACAAGAAUUUAAAGAAAUGGUACGAUGAAAUGCGUCAGUACAGACCUGAAAUUCCCUGCUUGUGUGCAGCCAACAAGAUUGACGAAAAUUUUGACGCAACUCAAAAGAAUUUUGCAUUUCCAACCAAGAAUCGUUUGCCAUUUUACUACGUGUCGGCGUCUGACGGAACAAAUGUAGUGAAGUUUCUAAGAUUCAAUUGUGAAUUACAGCUUUUCAACGAUGCGAUAAAUGCGGCCAUAGCAUAUCGACUUAACCCAACGGACUUAAGCGACCAAAUUAUGGAUGAAUUAGAAACAUUAAAUUAAUUCUCACGGACAUGUAUCGCUUUGAUAAUAAUAUCUAUUGAGUUGGCAAUUGUGCACUUAGUUUUCGAAAGCAAAUCCCAGUGCUGCUGACGUACAAGUAAUUAUUGCU